AUGGCCAAAGACCUGCUCGACUCGUCCUCCGAAUCCGGGUCCGACGUCGAAGACGACGGCCUGCAGAUCACGAUAAACGAGCACUAUGCCAAGGCCUACGAGUACAGGAAGGAGCGCGAGGAGCUGGCCAAGCUGAAGGAGAAGUACGGUUCGGACUACGAAGAAGGCGACUCGGACUCAGAGAGCGACUCAGAAUCGGACGAAAGUGAAGACGAGGACGGCGAGGAGCUCACGCCUGCGGUGGACGCUGCUAUCCUGCGCACGCUCGCGAGGAUCCGGAAUAAGGACCCGGAGAUAUACGAGAGUGGGAAACAUGUAUUCGACGAGGAACACGGGAAAUCCGGCGCGUUACCCGCCCCCGCCCCGCGCAAAAAGGAAAAGUCGACCAAGCCCAUCCGGCUGAACACCAAGCAACUCGUCGACAUUCUCGACCCCAAUACCUCAGAUUCAGACUCGGACUCGGACGCCCCCGCGAAGCCUACACACGUCGAAGAGCAAGAAGCCCUACGCGCCGAAACUAUCGCGGCGUUCCACAACGACGUCAAAGACGAAGACGAGGAUGAUCUGCUGCAGUUGAGAGAAAAGACGGAGGAUGAAGUCGCGAGGGAGGAGGCGGAGUACAGGGCUUAUCUGGAAAAAGAGGUCAAGGGGCUUGAAGGAUUGAUCGAAGUCGAGGAGAGCGAUGUGCGCGAGAAGGUGGAGGAGGAGGCGGAGGAGGGCAAGAAAAAGAAGAAGAAAAAGAAGGGGAAGAAGGGCGAGGACAAGCCGGCGCAGAGCGAUCAGGAGUUUCUCAUGAACUACAUCCUGAACCGCGGCUGGAUCGACCGCAACUCCAAACGGCUCCCCACAUUCGAAGAGAUCGCGCCCGCGCGUCCUUCGCUUAAAACGAAGAAGGAGGCCGACGCCGAGGAGGAGGACGGCGAGACGCCCGCAACGGGCGCCAAUGCGAUUGAGGAGGACGACGAUGAGUUCGACGACGUGGCCGAGGCGUUCGAGACGUCCUACAACUUCCGCUUCGAAGAGCCUGAAGCAGCCGACAUCCACUCCUUCCCCCGCACAAUCGAGUCCGUCCGCCGCCCCUCCGAGCACGCCGAAAAGCGCAAAGAGGCCCGCGAACGCCGCAGAGAGCGCAAAGAGGCGGAGAAGCAGCAGAAGCGCGAGGAGAUCCAGCGGCUGAAGAACCUCAAGCUGCGCGAGAUGAACGAGAAGCUGGAGAGGAUCGGGAAGGAGGGCGGGUGGGCUGGUGCCCAGGCGUUGCAAGCGCUCGAUGUAGACGGCGACUGGGACCCGGAGGAGUACGACCGCCAAAUGGCCGCUGUGCUUCAAGAAGUCGAAGGCGAAGACGUCGGCGAAGGGUUCGUAGACGACGAAAAGCCAACGUGGGACGACGACAUCGAUAUCGGCGACAUCCACCUCUCCGACGACGACGAAAACGCCGCGGGCCCUUCAACAUCCACAUCGACAGCGCUCAACAACCGCGACCGGAAAAAGAACAAGAAGAAAGAGAAGAAGGAGAAGAAGCGUAAGCGGGAUGCGGAGGCGGGGGCUGGGGAGGACGAGGGUGUUGAUGUGGAUAUGAUGGAUGCGGACGUUGAGCCUGUACAGGGGGAGGAUGGGGAGGAGGAGUGGGAUGGGACGGAGGAGAUGAGGAAGAGGGCGCUGGAUAAGUAUAUGGAGGACGUGUACGGGAUGGAGUUCAACGACGUCGUCGGCGGCCUCCCAACACGCUUUAAAUACACACCCGUCGCCCCAACGACCUACGGCCUCUCCCCCGUCGACAUCCUCCUCGCAGACGACCGCGACCUCAACGAGUUCAUGGGUCUCAAAAAGUACGCUCCGUAUCGAAAGGAGAAGACGCAAUGGGAUCCGAAUCGGCCGCAUAAGCUUAAGAAACUGCAUGAGAAGCUUAGUGCCAAGGGGGUGUAUACGCAGGUUGCUGGUGGAGAAGGGAGGCAGGAUGGGGAGAGGGAGAAGGGGGAGAAGAAGAGGAUGGGGAAGAAGGAGCGGUUGAGGGCUAGGGCUGCUGCUGAAGCGGGCGAGGGAGAGGGAGAGGAGACGGGGAAGCGGCAACGAGAAGAGGCGGCGGCUGCGAACGGAGAUGCAGAGGCGGAGGCGGGCGAGCCGGCGAAGAAGAAGCGUAGACGACACAGAAAAGCCGGACUGGCCGAUGCAUAG